AUGACAACGAAUUUUAAUAUACUUUUACAAGCACUUCAACAGAAAGCAAUUGUUAUUGGUAGUGAAACAUUAUCAUCUCCAACCACGAGUGAUUUAAAUAAAGAUGAUGCAGAAACAACAUUGAUUUUUGAUUGUAGUGCAUUGUGUCAAAUCGGAAAUGUGAAGGGAAAUUUCAUUGGAAUGUAUGCACUUUCAUCACCAUUAUUUCAAUUACUUGCUAAACAUCUUCAAUUAACAAAUUCGAAAUUAGCUCGACAAUAUUCAGCUGUUCAUUAUGGUAUGUGGAAAACACUUUAUUCUCAUUGUGCAGCACAUGAACAUUUUAUUCAUAAUUCAGAUUUAUUUAAACAAAAUGAUACAAAUAGUGUGAUGAGUUUAACAAGUUUAACCAAAGAUAAUUUUGAAGAUUUACUUAAACUUCUUCAUCGUCUUAUUGUUAAUAAUUAUUUAAGUUGUCAUGAUACAAAGUAAGAAAUUUAAUAAAAUAGAUAGUUUGUGAUUUUUGUUUUAUCUAGAAAGUUAGUUUUGAAUUGACUUGCACAAAUUAUUGAUGCAUUACCACAAGAAGAUA